UUGCCCAGGUGGCCGCGAUGGGAAACGAGGCCAGUUACCCGAAGGAGAUAUUCCCCCACUUUGACAGCGAUGAAAUUAAAAGGCUGAGCAAGAGCUUUAGGAAGCUGGACGUGGACAAAUCGGGCUCUCUGAGCGUGGAGGAGUUCAUGUCCAUGCCCGAGCUGCAGCAGAACCCGCUGGUGCGGCGAGUGAUCGACGUCUUUGACAUUGACGGCAACGGAGAAGUGGACUUCCACGAAUUCAUCCUGGGGACCUCGCAGUUCAGCCUCACAGGAAACGAGGAGCAGAAGCUGCGGUUCGCUUUCAGCAUCUACGACAUGGAUAAAGACGGCUACAUUUCCAACGGGGAGCUGUUCCAGGUGCUGAAGAUGAUGGUGGGAAACAACGUGAAGGACUGGGAGUUACAACAGCUGGUCGACAAAACCAUCAUCACCCUGGACAGGGACGGCGACGGGAAGAUAUCCUUUGAGGAAUUCAGCGCAGUGGUCCGCAAAAUGGAGAUCCACAAGAAGCUGGUACUUCAGGUUAGCCAUGGCAGGAAAAGAAUACAAGCUUUUGUUUUGAUUUGUUUUGAAAAAUUAGUUUACCAGUGUAUAUAUGACUGCCUGCACUCCAAAUGCUACCAGCUCUCUGAAGCCCCACAUACUGCAGUCAGAUCUCAAGAGUAG